UGUUAAUAUCGAGAUCAUUUUGAGGAAAGAUAUAAAACAUAUUUAAAAACAUACCGACACCAUAGGAAGAUCAGACACUUGAUUGAUCAGUUUGUUGUGUCGCAAAUCUUGUCAUAGUUUUUGAGUAAAAAAUAGGAUUCCGACAAGAACAGAAGACUUUGAGAGGAAUACAACAUUAUGCGAAUUAGCAAACCAAUAACUUUUAUCACUAAAGAUCUUUCUUUCUACCAUUCUCUACUGAAGUCUUGUCUUCAUGGCGAUAACUCUUCUUCACCAAUCACAAUCUUCCGUGACUUACUUCGUUCCUCUCUCAGACCAAACCAUUUUACAAUGUCCUUCCUUCUCCAAGCUUCUUCUACCUCUGUCGUUUCGUUGAAGCUAGUCCAAACCCAUCUCAAGAAAUCAGGCAUUGAUAGGUUCGUAUACGUGAAAACAUCUCUCCUCGAUCUCUACUUGAAGCUGGGUCUAGUAGCGACCGCAGGUAAGCUGUUCGAUGAAAUGCCUGAGAGAGACACCGUUGCUUGGAACGCAAUGAUCUGUGGGUAUUCACGCAAUGGCUACGAGCGUGACGCGUGGCAUCUCUUUAUAGUAAUGAUUCGACAAGGGUUUCUCCCUUCCGCGACUACACUUGCAAAUCUGUUGCCUUUUUGUGGGCAAUGCGGAUUCGUUUCUCAAGGGAGGUCUGUUCAUUGUAUCGCUGCUAAGUCUGGCUUGGAACUUGAUUCUAAGGUUAAGAACGCCCUCAUUUCGUUUUAUUCAAAGUGCACAGAGUUGGGUUCAGCAGAGGUUUUGUUUUCAGAGAUGAAAGAUAAAAGCACGGUCACUUGGAAUACGAUGAUUGGUGCUUAUAGCCAGAGUGGUCUUCAGGAAAAGGCCAUCGCUGUUUUCAAGAAUAUGUUUGAGAGGAGCGUGGAGAUUAGUCCGGUCACUGUUAUCAAUCUCCUUUCUGCUCAUGUCAGUCACGUGCCGUUGCAUAGUCUCGUUGUUAAAACUGGAAUGGUGAAUGAUAACUCUGUGACUACUUCUUUGGUUUGUGCGUAUUCAAGGUGUGGGUGUUUGGAUUCAGCUGAGCGUCUCUAUGCAUCUUCUACUCAAGACAGUAUCGUUGGUCUAACUUCGAUUCUCUCAAGCUACGCCGAGAAAGGGGAUAUGAACACAGCGGUUGCUUAUUUUUCUAAAAUGCGCCAUCUGUGUAUGAGAAUCGAUGCUGUAGCGUUGGUUGGGGUUCUCCAUGGAUGUACAAACUCUUCCCACAUCGACGUUGGAACGUCGUUACAUGCUUAUGCGACCAAGAGCGGAUUGUGCACGCAAACGCUGGUUGUGAAUGGACUGAUAACAAUGUACUCUAAGUUUGAUGACAUCGAGACCGUCCUGUUUUUGUUUGAGACAUUGAAUGAGACUCCUCUGAUUAGCUGGAACUCAGUGAUAUCGGGGUGUGUACAGUCGGGAAGGGCAAGUACAGCCUUUGAGAUCUUCCAUCAGAUGAACUCAAGUGAUGGACCUGUCCCUGAUGCUAUCACCAUAGCAAGUCUGCUUGCCGGCUGCUCCCAGCUUUCAUGUUUGCAUUUGGGGAAGACGCUUCAUGGUUAUAUUCUUAGGAACAGCUUUGGAAACGAGAAGUUUGUUUGCACUGCUCUUAUAGACAUGUAUGCUAAAUGUGGAAAUGCAGAAUUAGCUGAGAGAGUGUUCGAUAGCAUCGAAGCUCCGUAUACAGCAACAUGGAACUCAAUGAUAUCAGGAUACAGCUUAUCAGGUUUACAAACCCGAGCUCUUUCUUGUUACUUGGAAAUGAGAGAGCAGGGAUUGAAACCUGACAAGAUCACCUUUUUGGGGGUUCUGUCUGCAUGCACACAUGGAGGUCUUGUCGAUGAAGGGAGAGUAUACUUCAGAGAAAUGAUCAAGGAGUUUGGGAUAUCUCCAAGUUUACAGCAUUAUGCGCUAAUGGUUGGUUUGUUGGGUCGAGCAUGUUUGUUUAGUGAGGCGUUGAGUUUGAUUUGGGAGAUGGAUGAAAAGCCUGAUUCUGCAGUGUGGGGUGCGCUGCUUAGUGCUUGUAUUGUGAACAGAGAGAUUGAGAUUGGGGAAUAUGUAGCUAAGAAAAUGUAUAUGUUGGAUUACAGGAACGGAGGCUUAUAUGUAUUGAUGUCAAACCUAUAUGCAACAGAAGAAAUGUGGGACGACGUAUCAAGGGUAAGGAGGAUGAUGAAAGAUAAUGGCUAUGAUGGUUUCUUGGGAGUUAGUCAAACAUUAUAAUUUUCCAUUAUGAGAAACCAGAAAAC